AUGCCAGGCAACUUCUACACACCCACGAUCGAAGACAUAGCCAAGUGGCCCAAGCCCAACUAUGCAGACCCACCGGAGCAGCAGUCAUGGAUGGGCCCAUUUGUAAUAGUCUGGCAGCUGAUAUCCACGAUCCUGGUCGCCGGACGUAUCUACUUGCGAGCCAACCGACGAUCAGGACCAUUCGGUAUUGACGAUACCUUGAUCGUCCUGGCUUGGAUAUCGUCGACAGCUCUCACUGUCGCAGCGUGUAGAGGCGAGUGGCAGUUUCACACUGGUCGGCACCUAUGGAAUUAUCCGCCGACGGACUUUUCUCCGUCGCUGCUUCGAUAUCAGAACGCCUGGCUUGCACAGAUUUUCUUCCUUCUGGCAUCCGUCUUCACAAAAUGCUCGGUGCUCUUGUUCUACCGUCGCAUGGCCAAGAACACCUACAGCGACAAAUGGGUUCGCACGAUCUGGGUGCUCAUGUUCAUCACCAUCGGAACCGGCAUCGGCAUCUUCUUUGCGUAUUGCUUCAUGUGUCGCCCUUUGCACUACUACUGGGACUUCCUCUUCAUGGACACGGCCAACAAAACAUACUACUGCAUCAACGGAGAUGCCGUGACUAUCGCUACUGGUACCAUCACCAUCGCUUCCGACUUUUGGACGGCAGCAUUGCCCUGUCUCAUGUUCCAGAAGUACGAUGUCGGCACGACUAGGCGACAGAAGAUACUACUGAAUUGUCUUUUCUGCGUUGGCUUUUUGGUCACUGGCGUUGGAGUAGCACGAACGUACUACCUUUGGAAGAUGGGAAACGACCCUGACCUCAGCUGGUGGGGAUAUAAGCUAUACGCCGCGUCAGUCGUGGAGACACAGCUUGCCAUCAUAUGCGUCUGCAUACCGUUCGUCAGAGCCUUCUUCCGAAGGUACUUCCCCGACUUCACCAUGCAAACCAGCCGCUCUGGCAGGAGCAGAACGACUGCACCAGGCCAGUACUCUGGCACUGACUGGAAUCCCACCAAUCCAAGGGCAUCGUACAUCAUGGCGUACACGACGGAUGAGAAUGGCAAGGUCUACCCUCUGUCCGACUGUUCCACUGCAGUUGCCUCUCCAACCAAGGGCGAGAUGUUCUCCACGAUCGAAGAAGAGGACAUGGAAUGGGCUCGUCGCCAGGUCCAGCAGAGCAACUACAUGCCGAAGCACUCGAAUUCGCCUUCUGGUUCCGUCGAAAUCGACGAACCAGAGCAGAAAGAAGCAAGGGAACGAGUAAGGAGGUACGAGGCUACGCUGCCCAUGAUCUCAGAAAAGGGGCAGGAAAAGGCGCGAGCUCAGGUUCAGGCUUGGGUCACGAAGCGACCGGCGCGGGACGGGGACGAAGAUCCAAUCUUGCCGAAUAUGAGUCCGAUCAUGUCCUCGAACCCCAGCUGGCCGAGGCGAUCGGCCGAUGAUUGA